AUGGGUCGUAUUGUCACCGUCCUGGCAGAUACAUCAAUCAGUCUCGAUGACUUUAGUUCAAUAAACCUGGACAACAACCAGAGCGUGGAAAGUGCCAUUCAGAGUUUACUUCCGCCGUCGGCUUCAUGCUCGACCAAUACAUGUUCACGGAUAACGCUCGAGAGUCUUGUUGAUAUACCCCUGUUCCAAGUACCCGCGAAACCUUGGACUAAUGUCACUGAUGAUGACAAUCUUGUCUCCCACCUGGUAUCUCUAUACUUUACAUGGGAUCAUCCGUGCUGGCAGCUGGUGGAUCAGAAAGUCUUUCUGUUGCAUAUGAAAACGGGUGACCUGGGGUCACAAUAUUGCACACCAUUCCUGGUAAAUAGUAUCUUAGCCAUGGCCAACGUGUAUUCCGAUGCCUCAGAUGUUUUGGCUAUUCCUGGAAAUGUAGGUUAUUGCGGAUUGCACUUUUAUAUCGAAGCCGACAGGCUUUGGAGAGCCGAAGAAGGUACAAUCAGCUUGGCCAACAUCCAGGGCUUGGCUAUCAUGUGUCAUGUGUUGAAAUGCCAGGGAAAGAAUGGAGCUAGCUGGCUGAUGCUGAGACAAGCUGUACAGCUCGCGCAGGAUUUCGGAAUGUUUCAAGGCCCAAGGCUGCACGCGAACUGGAAGGAAAUGGAUGCUGACAUGCAGCGCAUUUGUGCAAUCACUGCUUGGGGGAUCUUCAUCAUGAAUUUGGACUUGUCCAUGGAACUACACAAGGACGCGAAUCUCGAGCCCCCAAUGUGCCGGCCUCACACGUCAGGUGACCUUAAUGAUGAUAUCUCAUGGAUCCCUUAUCCUCGCUCGAACCAAAUCGAAUAUGCCAACAAGCCGGGGCUUCUUCGUCAUGUUGCGACGGAACUCUUCAAUCUGACAGAGGUUACUGCGGCUAUCCAACAGCUGUUUUUUAUGAAUGCCUGCCACAUGGACGUCAAUGAUCUCUGGACAAGGACUAAUGAGAUAUUCUCCCGUCUACAGGAAUGGCGUCAAAACAUGCCAGAUAUUUUGAAGACCGACGAUUAUCCUGUCCCGCAAGUACUGUUCCUUCAUCUCAAAUAUAACAAGGUGGUAUUGUCAUAG